GAAAAAUUUACGUCAACUUUCGAAGGUGGCGGGGGGACGAUCCAAGCCGCAAACAGGAACUUUGUUGUGCAGUAGUCUUCUGUUUCUUUCCGGAGCCAAAGCAGAGUAACACACAGUUAUUGGAAGAGGGAAAUAGAGAAAAUGGCAGGUGCUAAAUCAGCUCUGGUGUUGUGCAUGGAUGUGGGCUUUUCCAUGUCUAACUCCGGUCCCGGUGAGGAGCCCCCUUUUGACCUUGCCAAAAAGGUUAUUCAGAAGUUUGUUCAACGACAGGUUUUUGCAGAGACUAAAGAUGAGCUGGCUUUAGUUCUGUUUGGCACAGACUCCACCAAAAACCCUCUGGACCAGGAUGACCAAUACCAGAACAUCACGGUUCAGCGUCAUCUAAUGAUACCAGACUUUGAGCUUCUGGAGGAGAUUGAACAUCAGAUCCAUCCAGAAAAUCAGCAGGCUGACUGGCUGGAUGCACUUGUGGUCUCCAUGGAUCUUCUUCAAGGGGAAACUCAGGGGAAGAAGUUUGAUCGUCUUAUCAUUGUCCUUCUGACUGACCUCAACACCCGGGCCAGCCCAGACAACCUGGAUGUUAUUAUUGAAAAUCUGAAGCAAGCUGGCAUCACCCUUCAGUUUUUUCUCCCUUUUCCUGUGGAGGAUGAAGCGGAGGGCCAAGGGGAUGGGGAUAGAACAGGCCCUGAUCACCCUGGUUCAGGCAAAGGUCUGUCCAGGGAACAGAAGAGUGGCCUGGAUAUGGUGAAACACAUUAUGCUAAGCCUGGAUGAGGAGAGCCUGGACGAAAUUUACACUUUCAGGAACGCAAUCGAGCAACUGUGUAUGUUCAAGCGUAUUGAGAGACGACCAAUGGCUUGGCCCUGUCAGUUGACUAUUGGCAGCUCUCUUUCCAUUCGUGUUGUUGGUUACAAAGCAGUGACUGAAGAGAAACUGAAAAAAACCUGGAUUACAGUUGAUGCUCAAAGCAACCAAAAAGAUGAUGUGAAGAGAGAGACGGUGUACUGCCUGGAUGAUGAUAAUGAGACAGAGGUGCAGAGGGAUGACACCAUUCAAGGUUUUCGUUAUGGAAGCGACAUUGUUCCCUUCUCCAAAGUUGAUCAAGAGCAAAUGAAAUACAAGCAUGAUGGGAAGUGCUUUUCUGUACUGGGCUUUACCAAACAGAACCUGGUACUUCGCCAUCAGUUCAUGGGAACGCAGGUCGUCAAGGUUUUUCCUGCCAAAGAUGAUGAGCAUGCAGGAGUGGCCCUGUCGGCUCUAAUCCGUGCACUGGAUGAACUCAAAAUGGUAGCCAUUGUACGUUAUGCCUAUGACCGGCGCAGCAACCCACAAGUGGGUGCAGCUUUCCCAUGUAUCAAGCAGGACUAUGAGUGUCUCAUCUACAUCCAGCUUCCCUUCAUGGAAGACCUGAGAGAGUUUACGUUUCCUUCUCUUGACAACAACAAAAAGUUUACUCCAUCAGAUGCACAACUGUCAGCAGUGGACUCUCUUAUUGACUCUAUGAUGCUGGUAGAAGAUGAGAAUGGAGAACAAAAGGACCUGUUCAAACCCCACCUCAUUCCCAACCCUGCUUUCCAGAGGCACUUCCAGUGUCUGCAUCAUCGAGCAGUAAACCCUGGCACCCCUCUUCCCCCCAUGGAGCCAUGGAUGAAAACUGCUGUUGAUCGCCCUGAGGUCAUUGAUGAACGCUGCCAAACCCCACUAGAGGAGAUAAAGAAGGUGUUUCCUCUCACUGAAGUGGAGAAGAAAAAGAAACUCAAGACUAGUGCUCAGGUUUUUGGCAAAGACUCUGAGGAGCCAGAUGCCAAGAAGGCAAAAACAGAUGAAGCAGAGGAGGAGGAGGAGGAGUACAACCUGGCUAAUAUCGCCGAAGGCUCUGUUUCUUCAGUGGGAAGUGUGGAUCCAGCCCGAGAUUUCCGUGCUCUGAUCAGACAGAAGAAUCUUCCGUUCGGAGAGGUCUGUCAGCAACUGACUCACAGGAUAGAGCAGUUGCUUAGCAACAAGAGCACACACUACUACAUGAAAAGCAUCACCUGUAUCCAGGCUUUUAGAGAGCAGUCCAUUAAGCUGGGUAACGCUGAUCUGUACAAUAGCUACCUCCAAUCCCUGAAAAGGAGCAUUCCCAACAGAAGCCUAGAGGUCUUCUGGGAUCUGCUUGUUCAAGAUGCUUUAACUUUAAUCAGCAAGGAUGAGGUUGAAGGAAGCACAAUUUCCAAAAACGAAGCUAAUCAGUUUUUAGUGGCUGAGGAGAAGAAAAAGGAGGAAGCUGCUCCACCAGCUGAUGAUACUGGAGAUGUUGAUGACUUGCUGGACAUGAUGUGAGAAGAAACUCCAGAGGAGUGUCUGCAGAAAUCUGAGGAAUGUGAUCUUUGAAUCCAGCUAGACCGCCCAGUUCAGCCGUCCAUUGCUCUGGAUCCAACUUGGAGGCCCAUGAUACUUUAUAACUGGUGAUAAUAAGUAACUGCAUACACACUGCAUAGAAAAGGGUGCAAGUCAGCUGUACUGUUAACAAAUAUUUUGUAAGUAAUUCUCUGUAGAACUGAUAAGUAGACCAGGCCAAGGGCUUUAAGUCAAGUUUUGAAUGUUUACAUUAAUUAAAUUUCACAACUCUCUUCUGAUUUCUUUAGAGUUUGCGGUAAUGUUGGGUACAGUAGUGCUUCAAACUCAUAAUUUACAUGCACUAAAAAACCAAUUGAACAGAAGACAGCAGCACCACAGUGUCCAGCAAACUGCAG